AUGGACCACCUGGCCAUACCCGUGCCCGCUGCACGCUCGCGCCGCCACGUGCUCUGCUGGCCACGGCUCCGCUGGUCGCCGCCCGGCUGCAGGUGGCCGCCGCGUGCGCGCGUGAUGGUCGGAAUUGUCAACAAGGAGUUUGUUGAGUUGGCCCAGACAGGGCUGAACUACCUGUCAUGGUCCUCAGACUGUGAGAUCUUUCUCCAGGGCAAAAGCCUCCUGAGGGCGAUCGAUGAGUAUAUGGUUGAGCGUAGUGCUUCUGGCCUUUGGACCGCUCUUCAGCAGCGGUUUGAGCGGCUGAAGUACACUGUGAAGCCACGUGCAGAGGCAGAGUGGAUACGUCUGAGGUUUGCGGACUUCAAGACGGUUGGGGAAUACAAUUCGGCUCUGCACCGGAUUUGUACGACUCUUCGGUUGUGUGGUACUGAGAUUACCGACACCCAGAAGAUUGAGAAAACCCUAUCCACUUUCCACCCUGACGCGGUCCAGUCCUCACGGAACUACCGCCAGGGCAACUACACGAGGUAUUCAGAGUUGAUUGACGUCCUCAAGGUGGCGGAGGCGCAGGACGAGGUUCUGAAAAAGAACUUUGUCGCGCAACCACUUGGGGGGAGUUCUCGCCAGGAGGUGAACGCUCUCAAAGUCCGCAAGCCUCAACAGAAGAAGAGGGGACGCAAGGGCAAGAAGAAGGGCCCUCAAUCCUCCACCCAGGCUAAGCAGCAAAAGCCGGGCAAGGGAGGGCAGAGGCCUCAGGACUGCUUCCGGUGUGGCUCUGUGGAGCAUUUCUCCCGCUAG